GCUCCACUUCGACUGAGACAAACUUGAGAAUUAUUUCGAGAUGAAGAAGACGAAUCUGUCAUGAAUACUUUCAUCCGCGCAGAAGUGGCGUAUUUUGUAAAUAGAGAGAGUAAAUCUAGUUGGAGGUGAGAUGCCAUAAUCCGCUGAGGCAGUGAGGUAUCAUGGACUCCUGGAUCUUCCCAUCGUUCCCUCCGAACCUGUCGGAGCACCUCAUGUAUGACAGCUUCGUGCAGGGCAAUGAGUCCGACCUCCAUGGGAACUACACAGACCACAGCCUCAACAAAACCAGCACGGUGGUCAUCACCUGCAUGUACUUUCUGGUGUGCACCGUGGGGCUCUGCGGGAACGCCCUCGUCAUCUACGUCAUCCUGCGCUACGCCAAGAUGAAGACAGUUACCAACAUCUACAUCCUCAACCUGGCAGUGGCUGACGUGCUCUUCAUGCUGGGCCUGCCGUUCAUCGCCAUCCAGCUGGCGCUGGUCCACUGGCCGUUCGGCCCUGUGCUCUGCAGGGUGGUGAUGACCGUCGACUCCCUGAACCAGUUCACAUCCAUCUUCUGCCUGAUGGUCAUGAGCAUCGACCGCUACCUGGCUGUGGUGCAUCCCAUUAAGUCCACAAAGUGGCGCAAGCCGCGCAUGGCGAAGACUAUUAACAUAGCGGUGUGGGGGGUGUCGCUGAUGGUUAACCUGCCGAUCGUGAUCUACAGCGGCGUCAUCACGAAGCACGAUGGCUGCUUCUGCACCAUCGUGUGGCCUGAGCCUCAGGAGGCCUACUACACGGCGUUCAUGUUCUACACCUUCAUCCUGGGCUUCUUCCUGCCCCUCAUGGUCAUCUGCCUCUGCUACCUGUUCAUCAUCAUUAAGGUGAAGUCCUCGGGCAUCCGCGUGGGCUCCUCCAAGAGGAAGCGCUCAGAGAGGAAGGUGACUCGGAUGGUGUCCAUCGUGGUGGCAGUGUUUGUCUUCUGCUGGCUGCCUUUCUACGUCUUCAACGUCACCUCGGUGACGGGAACCAUCAGCACCACUCCCAUCCUGAGGAGCACCUUUGCUUUUGUGGUGGUUCUGGGAUACGCCAACAGCUGCGCCAACCCCAUCCUCUACGCCUUCCUGUCGGAGAACUUCAAGAAGAGUUUCCAGAAUGUUCUGUGUCUUAAGAAGGUGGGCGGGCUGGAUGAGGUUGAGCGCAGCGAUAGCCGGCAGGACAAGUCUCGCAUGAUGAAUGACCCCACGGAGACUCAAAGUACCCUGCUGAAUGGCGACCUGCAGACCAGCAUCUGAGAGGAACGAGGACGUGCACAAGGCUGGGCUGAAGUUGCCUGGGCAACAGCCCUCUGGGGGAAAAAAAAAGAGUAAUGGUUUUAUUUUUGCUGUUGUGGCUGCAUAAAUAUGAGUAACCCAUAAUUGCUUAUGUUCGCCAUUAUUUUUCAGUCAUGUUCCGACUCUCUGACCUGCAUUUUUAAUGUUUGGACCAGAACUGAAAAAUACUGACUUAGACCAAAUUGAAUCGCCAUAGCAUCCAAACCUUGAUAAGCAUACUGCACCUCUGCAGGAAACAGAGAUGGGGCGGCCCGGAGUUGUGCGCACACACACACACACACACACACACACACACACAAAGCGAUGCCCCAUGACCUUUGUCAUGUGACACUGUAGCAUCCAAACUUAGCAUUGUUGCUCACUGUGUGAGCGCUCCGGCUGAGCCUUUAGUAGCUGCUGGGAAUGAUUAAUGACGAACGGGAUGCACUGUGAAUAAAAACCUCCAUGUAUGGUUCCGAACAAUGCGCAGCUUGUCGCUUUUGCAUCAUGCCUUGCAUUGUGCUAUCACGUGGACCAAUCUGAGCUAGCGGGCGGCAGGCUCAGCAUUACCGUUUUCAAGUUAAAGCAGUCCCUCGAAACCUCUGUGCACGUCCCCGUAGAGGAAGG